AUUUUGUCUGUGUAGCCUAGACAUAAUACUAAUAUAAAAAUACUGUGAUAAUACAUACUCGCAGCAGUCGCUCCUCAAAUGAGAAGACGUAAAAGAUGGAGCUUCAUAUUUUAGAGCACAGCUUGAAAGUGGCGAGUAUAGAGAAAGAGGGGAUCCAGAUUUGCACUCACGGAUUAAUAAAACUCGCCUUCCUGGCCUCCAAAACAAGAUGCAAGUUCUUCAGUUUGACGGAGACUCCGGAGGACUACACCAUUAUCGUGGAUGAGGAGGGCUUUAAAGAGCUGCCACAGUCGGAGCACAUCAGUGUUGCCGAUGCCACAUGGUUGGCCCUCAACGUGGUGUCCGGGGGUGGCAACGCCUCCAAUUCGCAGCCCAUCGGAGUCACCAAAAUCGCCAAAUCAGUCAUUGCACCGCUGGCCGACCACAACAUCUCUGUUUUCAUGCUGUCGACGUAUCAGACGGAUUUCAUUCUGGUUCGAGAGCGAGACCUGCCGAUGGUCAUGCACACGCUGUCUUCCGAGUUCACUUUGCUUCGGGUGGUCAACGGGGAGACUGUAGCUGCGCACAAUCUGGGAGUCACCAAUGGAUUUGUAAAGCCAAAACUUGUGCCCCGUCCCAUCAUUCACCCUUUAUCUAGUCCCAGCAACAUGUUUUGUGUGACCAGCCUGGACCCAGACACGCUGCCCUCUGUAGCCACCCUGCUCAUGGACGUCAUGUUUUAUUCUGGAGGGCCAAAAGAACCCGGAGCAUCCAGCGAAGACUCCAGUCACAUCCGCUUCUUCUCCUUCUCCCUGAUCGAAGGCUACAUCUCUCUGGUCAUGGAUGAACAGACAACUCAAAGGUUUCCAAACAACGUCCUUUUCACCAGUGCUUCGGGUGAGCUUUGGAAGAUGGUUCGCAUUGGGGGGCAACCUUUAGGAUUUGAUGAGUGUGGCAUCGUGGCUCAGAUAUCAGAACCCCUGGCAACAGCUGACAUUCCAGCUUACUACAUUAGUACCUUCAAGUUUGACCACGCCCUGGUUCCCGAAGAAAACAUCCAAAGCGUGAUCGGAGCUCUGCGGACUGAGAGCACGGCACAGUGAAGGAAAACCACGAAAACAACUGUUUUCAAAGUCAUUUCGUUCAAACGUUUAUCAUGUCCAAAAAGUGCCAAGAGCUUAUUAGCGGACUACUGCGGACCGGCUCUGAUAGAAGGAAGGGAUCUAAGCACAGAGUGUGGGCGGAGUUUGGUGGGGUGGGGUGUGACGGUGUGAUAGGGAUGCCUUUGUUACUUGAUCAUUUUCUUUACCCUCACCCCUCCUUCGACGGCCCUCCACUGCCUGCUCUGGUAGUUGUUGCUUUAGUUUACCAGACUGAAUAUGUUUCUUUUCCUCUCUAAAGCUGCUUCUUCCCACUCCCCGAACCCCCAUGAGCACCAUACUGUAUUAGUUACAUAAUUCCUCUCAUGGAAGGAUGACGAAUGUACUCUCAAAAA